UGCAUUGUUCUCUUUACUAUUAUCUUAUCAACAACAUUAUUAUGUAUUGCGAUUAGAUCAGAUGGUAGCAAUCUUAAGCAGGUCAACGCAAUGAAGGAGAGUAGUAAAUCAUCAACAACAACUACAAUAACAACUACACCACCAACAACAACAUCAACAACAUCAACAUCAACAACAAAUACAUCAAUUACAACACAAACAAUCAAAACUUUACAAACACCAACAACAACAAACAAUUUACCUUCAUCAUCAACAACAAUAGUUAAACCAAAUGCACAACCAACCAAUAAUACAGCUCCAUCAACAAACAUUAAAGCUGAAGGUACAGAAGGGAAGACUACCACGGCACCAAGAAUCACCACAAGACCAUGUCAAGGAAAGUGCUGUGUUGGUAUCACUCCUGUGACUCCUUUCCCUACCAAGCCCAAGAUCAUCACGACCAAUGGAAGCAACACCACCACUAUCAAUCCAAAGCCAACAACACCUAUAUCCAAUCUAACACCAAAGCCAACAACUACACCAACUGCAACAUCAACAGCAGCAACAACAACAAACAAUAUAAAGCCAACAAUAUCUACAUCAACAACAGGAACAUCAUCCACCAAUACAAAGAACUUUGUACCAUCAGCUGGAUUCGUAACGACAGGUAUCAAAAGAACGACAACGACUGGACCAAACAUCAUCAGAACAUCAUUAGAGUAUAUUCUAACAGCGGAUGGAAAGUACAUCAAGACCAACACACCAAAUGCCAAGCUCUACCACGCCAUCCCCAAGCCCAACAAGACCAUUCUUGCAAACAAUCGAGGCGUGGAGAUACCAAACAGUCUAGAGUAUAUCCUAGACAUUCCUAUCAUCCAUGAGGAACCAUCUUCCAAGACCAACCCAACAUGGGGACGAUUGUUACUCGACGCCUUGAGAAGGCUCGUAGCCAACAGGAAGGCAACAAGGGUAUGUCAUCCUAGGCUGUGUAGUUGGAUCAACAAUCAGUCCAGUCUUGCUAACUUUCAAUUCCAACUAUCAGAUCACAGAGAGAUUAAAGAUGGACCAAAUGUACAAAGACAUGGAUGCCAGGACUGCAAAGGACAAGGCGGACUGGAAGGCCGGUCUGCU